GCGAGGGUUCAUGCGUGUCCGUGUGUGCGUGUGCGUGGGGAAGGCGCCACGUCGGCAGAAGAAGCAGAGAGAAGAAGAGAGCUGCAGCUCUGCAGAAACUCUGGAGAAGUUAGUUGGAGAGGAGGACUGAAGGCUGCAGCUGCGGGUUUAACUCCAGGGAGAAGGUCCCAGGCUGACUAGACGAUCUGCUGCAGGCUCAGGUGUGCUUCAGGGAGAAGCUCUGGGAACAAUGGUGAAGGAUGUGAACAGCGUGAACGUUGAGCCCCAGCUCGGGAUCAGCCUGGCCUCAGACGAAGCUGAAGCAGCCAACAGCCAGUCUCCAGAGGAUCCUGGUAAAGAUCACGCCGUCGCUCCUCCAGGCAUGGUGUGGCGGGUCACCGGCGGUCUCUUCAACGUCACCAGGGGCGUUGUCGGCGCCGCGGUGGGUGGAGUGGCCUGGGUGGGCGGGAAGAGUCUGGAAAUCACCAAGUCAGCAGUGACCACAGUACCGUUGGUGGGGCUGGGGCUGGUGAAGGGCGGAGUCUCAGCUGUGGCAGGCGGCGUCUCCAGCGUGGGCUCAACGGUCGCCAACAAAGUGCCGUUCACUGCCAAGAGGAAGGACAAGGCGGAGUGAGGAGGUGUGCUGAUGAUGAUGAAGGGAUUGAUAACUGAUGGAUUUGCCCCGCCCUGAGCCAACUGAGAGAGGCUGCUGGCUGAUCUCGACCAAUCAGACGCCACAGUGCCUUCCCCCGAACGCCUCGUCAACACCCAGACUGUAAAAUAAAGACUGUGCAGCUCUUAAUAUUCUGAGUGCUACUACACCAACCCAGACAUGUGCUGUUCUGCUCCAGCUCCAUGUACGUGACAACAUCAUGAUGAACACUUUUACCAGUUUACAGAUCAGGCUGAGGCCAAGCUCUCUUUCUGCUCUCCAACCUGCAGACAUCUGCUGAAACCUUUCUGUCUUCAGAUGCUGAUUUCUGUGUUUUCUGUUUGCUUUGCAGUGGUAUUGAAGUAUUAUUGAAACCUGUUUGUCAGUAAAAUGUGUUGAGGGAUCAGACUUUGUUCUUCUGAGGAGCCCUGAGGGCAGUGGCCCUUCCCUUCUACCUUCACUCUGCAUGCAGCAACAUCCUUCUGAAAUAUACAGACUGGCGACACUCAUACCAACACAGAGCCUGAAGCUUAUCUGCAACGUGUCUGUUUCUCAGAACAGGUGAACUGUUCCUUUAAUCAGAUGUUUACUCUGCUGUAGUGCCGGAACAUAUCACGAGCAUUUCAAUGCAGCUCUUGUUGAGGAGUUAAACUAUGUGAAAGAUGUUUGUAUGUAUUUGUUUUUUCAAUAUAUCAAUAAAAUAGUUUAGAAGGUUAAAUAUAAA